CCUACCCCGGAUUGGUUGAUGCAACAAAGGUUAAAGUUGACAAUUUUUGUCAAAAGAAUGCUGUCAACAGGGACAUAACUCAUAUUUUAAUUUUACAACGCCAUUCCUUCGUUUGGACAUCGUACUAGUGUGUCCUUAUAACCGGGUGAAAGGCAUGAGUGGCACAAUCCAACGGAUCAUUAUGCCCACAAACCCAGGCACCCCUUAUUUUCUGUGUGUGGACUUUGCCGUGGAUCUUGGUGCUGGGUUCGUGCUAACUCUUUCUGAUGGCAGCUCUGCUUGGAUUGGAGAAGUUUCAGAAGACGAGGUGACAGGCGGGGCCAAUGACAUGGAGGUCCCGAGAGAGCAAUAUGUUGAGGAUCUUUUUCAAGCACUGACAGGAAGUGGACAAGGGCAAGGAUUGGGGAGGGGUGCAGGUGAUGCGGACGUCUAUUCUUUCCAGCUCACUCCAGAUUGCAGUCAACUCUCAUACCACAGAGUCUAUGACGGCGUUCCGGUGCGCUUGGGUUCUUUGAAGCUUCAGCCUGCUCCACACCCAUUACAGUUGACCCGGGAGAUGAUAGGGCAGUCGCUCAAAUGCAAUACCAACCUGCAGAAACAAAACUUGCUGCUGUUGGAGGAGAACCAUAAACUCAAAGAGGAGCAUGAGCACAUACUUCAGGAGCUUGAGAAGCACGUUCAGGAUAAGGAGACGAUGGAAAAUGAGCUUUACUCCUGUUUUGUCUUGGUGCUAAAUGAGAAGAAGGCCAAAAUCAAAAGCCUACAAGAUUCCCUGCGACAGCUCCAAUCGACCGCCAACUUUUACAGGAAACAAAGGGAAAGUGACCCAGCUCAAAGUGACGAUGAUAGAUGCGACAGAAGAGAGGAGUCCAUUGAGAGCAGCCAUCUUUCAUUGGAACCAACCAUACUCACAUCAGGACAUAGUCUGGUGAGCCAGGGUUUCUCAAUGGACCACACCAUGGCUCUUGCUGGUAAUGUACAAACAAGAUGGAAACCAAUGGAAACACUUGACUGCCAGACCCCAGGAACGUCUAAAAUGGAAUAAAAUCCCAGGUUUGUCAGACAACCAAUGGGUGGCCAUAAUGGAUGCCUUGUUUCACGGAAUUACAUUACCGAUAAUAGUUGCGACGUUUAAUAUGCAAAAAGUAAAAGGUAAAAUAUUACAGUAUUUUUAAAUUAAAUCUUAUUUCACUCUCCACUUUUUUGUAAGUUUUAAAAUAUUUUUAAUUUUACCUGUUACUAAGUGUCAAGUUGUCAUUUUGUCACCGCUGAUAUUGCAAGAAAUGUUUGACAAACAUAAUAAGAAAAUGUAUAUCUUUUACACAACAUACAUGCACAUAACAAUGUUACUUGUGGUAUUAACUUUGCUUGAGCCAAGCACUAACCUCUAGUUGCAUACAGUGUUAAUUGUGUUAUUCGCAAAUAACAAAAUAAGCAAUGGCAAAGAUAAAAUGUGUUGUCUAUGUUUAUGCAGCAUUGAUUUUAUAGUCAUUACAUUCAUUCAUUCAAAGAUGCGUUGAAAUCCCUUCCCUGUUUUAAAGACACCUGGGAUGUUGACUCUGUCGCGCGAUGCCAAACGCAGUGAUGUUCAGGCUUAUGAACAAAACACUCACUCACUACACAACUCCAACCCUCCCCUGUUGCAAGUCAAGUAUUUUGCUCAUAUGUGAUUAUGCUCUAGGUUGUUUUCUGGUCUCAAACUGAGCCCACCUCACAUAAGAGCUAAGUUCAGGAGUUGCUUUUUUCCUCCUCUCUUCAUGUUUACCUUUCUUUCCUACCUCUUUACGAGGCACCGCCAGGUGUCGACCUAUCAGUCUUCCUGUUCUGUACAUCCCUGGAACUAUAUAUUGUCUAAUUUUGGAGAAGUUGUACUGAAAAUGGUGUUGUACUUUUUAAGUGCAAUGACAAUAAAUCAUAGUCUAAUUUA